ACACGAUGACUAAGAAGAGAAGGAACAAUGGCCGUGCCAAGAAGGGCCGUGGGCAUGUCCAGCCCAUCCGUUGCACCAACUGUGCCCGGUGUGUGCCCAAGGACAAGGCCAUCAAGAAGUUUGUCAUCAGGAACAUUGUGGAGGCUGCUGCGGUGAGGGACAUCACAGAGGCCAGUGUGUUCGAUGCUUACGUGCUGCCCAAACUGUAUGUGAAGCUGCACUACUGUGUGAGCUGUGCCAUCCACAGCAAGGUGGUGAGGAAUCGCUCCACCGAGGCCAGGAAGGACCGCACACCACCACCCCGCUUCAGGCCCAGCGGUGGUGCCCCAAGACCUCCUCCAAAGCCCAUGGGUUAAUGUCAUUGACCAUCCUAGGGAUCACUAUCAUUUUUAUGUAAACAAAUAAAAGUGAUUUAACUAUGUCAGAAGUGUUACAUUUGUAUACCGACUUGGUAGAAGAGCCAAAUCAAUAUCUGCUUUAUAUUGAAUGUCACAUUAAUGAGAACAAAAUGUCCAAUCAGAACAUUACAUUUAUUUUUAUUGGACAUGAGUUACUUGAACAGAGUUAGGUUGCACACCAUAAAAGCACUUGAUACCAAAAGUAACCUAUUUCAAAGAAUGAGGCAGUUUCGUGUCUCUGUUAUCUUGAGGUAAAUUGUUUUUUCUUUGUCAUGUUACAUUUCUUCUCACAAAAUAUUUCUACAACAUUGCAAUUAAAUUAAAGCCUAACUAUGACAGG